AUGACUAUCCUCUGUUAUUUGGAACUUUCAAGGCCAAUGUUGUAACGUUAUGAAGGAGCAGUCUGCAUCGAAUUUCAAUUCGGAUGGGACGACAGAAUCGGGCUUGCAUCCACUUCUAACCUUUAACUGCCAAAGGGAUAGAUAGUCCGAUAACAUUUUUCUUGUUCCCAGUGAAUACCUACAAUACUUACACCUCAACUAGAAAGUGUUCAAAGUGACUUGGGUGUUUGUUUGUUUUUUUGGUCGGUGGUGAAAUGCGUCCAUGACUCGAUUGUAACUCUUCAUUGGAAAUCACUCCCGAUUUUGUCAUUGCCACAUUUGCCAUUCAACAUGGCUGUGAAUACGUUAAGAGAGCGCCAUCUGCUCCGGAAUCCCAUUCUCGGAGGGAUCGUGAUCCUACUGUUGACCUUGCUCCUGUCAGAUUCCAUCCUUACCGACUAUGUUCUGGCCUCGGUCACCUCUAUAGGAAUCUCAGUGGGACUCAUCUCGAUCCAAGGAUCCGCCGAAGAAAUGGGAGCACGAGCACGGUCGGAGACCCCUGAAAGUGAAGCUCUACAAGACGAACAAAUGAAAAUUAUCACAGCCAUCACAGAAGUGUGUCUACCCAAGUUGGUAUGUGAGCUAUACGCCAAAUCGACCUCGUACGGAGUCACAGAUGGAGAGAGGUCACUCAUGUCACUGAUUGGAGUCACCUCCUUGGCCUCUGGAACCCCCUCUAGAUAUCACUACGCUGCACACAUGGGUCAGCUUAUCCGAGGUUUAGAAGGAGCCCAGGGUUGCCAUCAGUUCUACCCCACGUGCCCUUUUUCGGGCGAGGAUGUUCGAGCGAUCGCCAAGAAGAUCAACUUGAAAUGAGAGUCUUGUCUUCUUCAUCCGGAUGGCGAUCCGCCAAAUUCAUCCAGUUAUUGAUUUUCAUAAAGAAUAAGAGCUUGGUCUUUGAAUAAACGGGCAUUAAGAAAAGCCAAGAUCUUGCACGAGAAGAAAAAAAAGUAUUCGUAAUUUAUUACUUCAACGUGUGACGAAGAUUGCACAUCAUUCUGUUCAUAACAAUCACUGUUCAUAUAUCAUUACUCCAAUCCUCGUCUUCAUCACAGCCAACACAGAGGAUGGAUCGUCACGCAUAGAAGUUCGGAGCGAUCAAGGCUGGAGUAGCUGAACGACACGCGUCCCGCGGCCUUCUAAGUCCUGUCGAUGGCCUUAUUAAGACUCACUUCUCGAUCGGUUGGCGGUCACGA